AUGUUACAGCUAAUAAAAGAAAUUUGCGAACCGCCACGAAAUGUUCAUUCCUCGCUAUCGUCGCACGGCUACAGCUCACAAAGCCCUCAGAUUAUAUACUCUCCGAGUCCUCCACACGUCAAUCGGUUUAAUAUUGGUCGUAAAACAGAACAUGCCACAUAUACAGUACUGAUGCCACCUAAUCCAGGACCUAGUACCGUUGGGUCUGCAUCAUUGUAUCAACCACGAUCACAACAGCAACCACCAUCAUCAGCACUACCACCACCACUACCAUCAGAAAAUAAGAUUGUGGAAGUAAACCCAAUCACUAACAUGAGCGAGAAGGUGGUAGGCCUCAUAAUACCCCGCGGAAUGGAGGACAUGACCGAGGGGAUCCUCGCGGUGGCCAAAGAUCGGUUCCCGGAUCUAGCCAACAACAUGGAGGGGGAGCAGAUCCUGGUAACAUGUACCAAAAUGGGCUCCAUUAAAAAGACCAAGAGAAUCCCAGUGGCAAGGCCCAGCGCGGAAGCCAUGUUUCAAGGAAUAGUCGAACUGGGGGAAAUUGCUAAGUCGAUCGAUGCAGGAAUGCUUUCCUUGGCGGCUCCGGCUGUUACGGCAGUGGUGGCAAGGAAGAUGGCGGCCUGCGCUCUGGUUGCUAAGCUGGGAAUACAAGCUAGGGUCUGCGUCCCAAAGCGAAAAUUCAAGCAGGCAGGAAGCACCCCUCCCACGCUGGCGCGCCAAGCCAGCACUAGGCCCAGAAAGGACGGGCAUCUGCUGGUCAGCUUGAGCGAGGGCAACGCUAAGGAAGUCGCCAAAUUGAUCACUGAGAGCAAGGCGGGGGAGAAAGUGGAGGCCCUCACAAGCGAGAGAAAUACUACCCUAAUGAUGACAAUCAUCGAGGCUGCUCUGAGCGAAGCAGAGGUCAAGGCUGCCAUCGUGGAGCAAACCGGGGCAGCCGCCGAGGACAUCGAGGUCAGGGGUCUACGAGGCGGUUUUAGGGGCAAGUAG